AUGGCCGAGCAGAACGAGUACCUCAUCGCCGUCGGCAAGGGCGCCAUCGCGGACCUGUGGGCCCAUCACGACAAGCCGGACGCCUUCAACCCAUCCAAGUUCUCCGAGUCGGACAUCAAGGUCUUCACCCGCAAAAGCGAGGACGCCGCUUGCCCCGAGGAUAUCGUCAAGGCAUCAUUUGUUCUUGAGGGUACUUCCACCAACCACGUGCUCGCACUCGUUCUGCCCUGGAUGUCCUAUCGUCUCGAGUGGGACGAUUUGUUGUCGGGCGCCGAAGUGGUCCAAGAGCUGACGCCUUCGAUGAAGGUCGUCCACCACCUUACCCGAAAGAGGAUGCCUCUCAGCGCCCGUGAUUCAAUCGACGUCGUCGCCAUUGAUGCUCGCUCCGAUACCGUCAUCGCCGCCGCACGCUCGGUGAACUUGGACAGUGUCCCCGAGGUGAAGGACCACGUGCGCACCAGCCAACAUCUCGGCGGCUACGUCAUCAAGGAUUUAGGCGAGGGGAAAAUCCAAUUCGAGAUGUACUUCCACGGUGACCUGAAGAUCGGAGGGAUCUCGCUCGUCAAAAGCCUAAUCGAAACGAUCAAGCCGAAAAUCAUGGUGGAUUUGGCGAAGAAUCUGCGCAAGUCUAUCAAGAAGGUGCCCGUGCUGCCGGCCGAUAUGGAGUCUACCCUCAUCUACACUGACCUGGUUGUUGAAGCUAAU